AUGUCGGCAUCCAAUGUCUUUUCCCUCGAAGGCAGGGGCCUAAAGCUCACCACUGCCGACGACAUCGCGCCGCAUAUCGAGGCGUUGAAGAGCAACGACCACGUUGACGAGGUCAGGCUCCUGGGGAACACACUGGGCAUUGGAGCCAGCGAGGCGCUGGCCAAGGUUUUGGAGGGCAAGAAAGGCUUAAAGGUCGCAAACCUCGCCGACAUCUUCACUUCCCGCCUGCUCUCUGAGAUUCCCCCGGCCCUGUCACAUCUUCUGACCUCCCUCCUUACCCUGCCAAACCUACAUACCGUCGACCUUUCCGACAACGCGUUUGGGCUCAACACUGUCGCCCCGCUCGUUGACUUCCUCUCACAACAUACACCUCUCCGAUACCUCUACUUGAACAACAAUGGUCUCGGCCCCGCUGCCGGUGUCCUUGUUGCCGAUGCUCUCACCGCCCUCGCCGCAAAGAAGGAAUCCGCCCGCAGCCAAGGCAAACCGGUCCCAGACCUCGAGCUUGUGAUCUGCGGUCGCAAUCGUCUAGAGAACGGCAGCAUGGUCGCCUGGGCCAAAGCAUACGCAGCAAACACGGGCGUCAAGACCAUCAAGAUGACACAAAACGGUAUUCGUCAGGAGGGCAUCUCACACCUAAUCGCAAAUGGCCUCUCGCACCUCGUUAAGCUUGAAACGCUAGAUCUGCAAGACAACACAUUCACAACCCUGGGCGCAAGUGCUUUGAGCAAGGUUGUCGGCAAUUGGACUGAUUUGGUCGAACUCGGCGUAGGAGACUGCCUUCUUGGCGGCCGUGGCGGCAACGCCCUCGCCGCCGCCCUUGAUGAGGGCAAGAACAAGAAAAUUCAGAUCCUGCGACUCCAAUUCAACGAGAUCAAUGCCAAGGGCCUCGCCCGUCUCGCAUCUGCUUCUGCGACCGCUCUACCCGCACUCCGCCGUGUCGAGCUCAAUGGAAAUAAAUUCGACGAGGAAGAUCCGAGCAUUGGCAAACUGCACAAUGUACUUGAGGCGAGGAAGGAAGAGUCUGGGGAGCACGAGGAUGAUGAAGAGUACUGGGGCCUAGAUGAGUUGGAUGAGUUGGAGAGCGAAGACGAGGAAGAGGAAGACGGUGACGGUGACGAAGAGGAAGAAGGUAUUGAGGUGGAAGAGCGCGCAGCGCGGCAGCUUGUGGAAGAUCAGAGGGCAGAGGAGAGCAAUGUGUCUCAAGAGAAAGACAAGAAGGUGGAUGCUCUGGCGGAUUUGAUGGCCAAGACAGAGAUCAAGUAA